AUGGCUCGCUUUCACGGGGCUCUGGCUUGCGCCCUGGCCCUGCUGCUGGCCCCAGGAGCCCUGGCAGCAUCCCUCAAGGCCGGCGGCCUGACUGCCUCUGGCCGCGCCCUGGGCGAGCAGGCCGCCAAUGCACCCCCCGUCCUGCGGAUGGGCGACAUGACCCUGGUCGGCGGCCGCGUCCCCACCAUCAAUGUGGGCGGCCAAUCAAGCGUGUACGACAACCUCAACAGCCGGCACAGCGGCGGCAUCACCCUCAGCGGCGGCGCUCUGGGCCCCUUCCAGAACGAGGGCGGCAACGUGUACAUCGACCAGUGGCACCGCCGCCGCCUGGCCGAGCAGGCCGGCGCCUCGGCCAGCGGCAGGGUCUUCCCCAACGGCGCCGGCGAGUUCGCCCCCUUGAGCGGCGCCCGCAGCGUUCCUACGCGCUUCAUCGGCAGUGGCGCCGGCCUCAACCCUGCCCUGUUCAACUCCUUCGAGAGCCUCGACAAGAGCGUCACCACGAUAGGCUUUGGGCUGGGCCGCAGCUCUCGCAGCCUGGGCGAGCAGGCCGCCGCCUCUGCCAACGCCAACAUCAUGGCCAUCGGCGGCCGCACGUCCGGCUUCGCCCCCUCCGACCGCGCCCCCAUCACCAACUUUGGCGGCGCGACCACGUUCACCAGCGCCGGCGUGGGCUUCAACGGCGGCCUGACCACCAGCUUUGACAACUUUGGCAACCCCGUCGCCAACGAGGGCGGCCGUGGCCAGAUCUUCCGACGCCUGGGCGAGCAGGCCGCUGACAGCAACCCUCCCGCCAACGCUGGGGCGGCCAUUGACCAGGUAGUGAUGACGUUUGCGCAGCAGCAGCAGUGGGCGCAGCAGAUGAUGGGUGGUAGCCAGCAGCAGCAGCAGUGGGCGCAGCAGGCCAUGGGUGGUGCCCAGCAGCUGCAGCAGCAGUGGGCGCAGCAGAUGAUGGACGCCACGCCGCAGAUGCAGCAGUGGCAGCAGGCGCAGCAGGAGCGGCAAAAGGCCGUCGCUGCUGCCGCGGCUGUCAAGCCCGCCAUCCAGGGAACCCAGCAGGGCGCACCCAUGACCUCUCCCAAGGCCGGCGCGCCGCUCCCCUGA